GAGAGAGAGAGAGAGAGAGGGAAGAGUGUGCAGAGAAAGGGAAAGACUGCAAUAGCAAGGUUGGGGCACUCAGAGUGCUGCACACACAGUUCACAGUAACCACUAGCAUGCAGGUAAAACACCACCAACUGCGGAUGCAGGGCAAACUUGGAACAGCGUGAAUGAAAAGGCACGUCCCAAGCACUAAAACGGAUUCAGGUGACAAUUUUUAUUAAAUGCUUCUCCUUUACUGCGUCGUUGUCCCGCAAACUGCAUUCGUUUGACCGGAAUAGAGAGAGUCAGUUUGAAGAAGAGGGAUGUCAAAGCUAAAGCGGUGUUUCUGUGAGUCCCGAUGCCGGUGAGUGUUUCCGCGGUUCACUUUAUUGAGUGUUGCCGGACUGUUGAAACGGACAAUAGGAACCGUGUUCAGUGCAAUUAAUCUGUGGAGGGAGAGUGGCGGUGGUGGUGGUGGUGGAGGGGGAAAAUACUUGGAGAGAUGAGUUUCAGUGUACCACUGGUGCUUUUGCUGCUGAUCGCCGCCGUCCUGGUGAGCGCAAAGCAAGCGCUCCGCUACCGGAUCACCGAGGAGGGAGCAGCCGACGUGCGGAUCGGCAACGUGGCCAGCGACUUGGGCAUCGUGGCGGGCUCGGGAGAGGUGACUUUCAGCCUGGAGUCCGGCUCCGAGUACUUUAAGAUCGACAACAUAACGGGCGAGCUGAGCACUACCGGCCGGCGCAUCGACCGCGAGAAGCUGCCGCAGUGCCAGCGCAUCUUCGACGCGAACGAGUGCUUCAUCGACUUCGAAGUGUCAGUGAUCGGUCCAGCGCAGAGCUGGGUCGACCUCCACGACGGCCAGGUGGUGGUGGACGAUAUCAACGACAACGCUCCCGCCUUCCCUUCGCCCGUGCUCACGCUGACCGUGGAGGAGAACCGGCCGGUGGGCACCCUCUACCUCCUGCCCACCGCCACUGACCGCGACUUCGGCACCAAUGGCAUAGAGCGGUACGAACUGCUGCAACUGCAGGACGAGAGUGGUCAGGCAUCCAGGCGAGGGUUGGAACCGGCGCGGGGAGGCAGCGGCAAGGAGCUGGCUCCCGGCGGUGGUGGCGGGGCCAGCGACGACCCGGGGCCGGGCGGCAACAGCGUGUUUGAGCUCCAGGUGGCCGAUACCCCCGACGGGGGCAAACAACCUCAACUGAUCGUCAAGGGGGCUCUGGACAGGGAGCUGCGCGACUCCUACGAGCUGAGGCUGCGGGCGAGCGAUGGCGGGCGGUCCCCUCGCUCCUCCAGCGCCCUGCUGAGGGUGCUCAUCUCGGACGUGAAUGACAACAGCCCACGCUUCGAGCGGCAGCUCUAUGAGGCCAGGCUGCCAGAGAAUAGCCCGGCGGGCAGCCGCAUCUUACAGCUGCGAGCUGGCGAUCCGGACACCGGGGUGAACGGUCAGGUGGAGUACGCUUUCGGCGGGGCGAGCGAAGCGGCCCGGCGGCUGCUGCGUUUGGACGAGAACAGCGGCUGGCUGAGUGUGCUGCGCCGGAUCGACCGCGAGGAGGUGAGCCAGCUCCGCUUCGGCGUCCUGGCCCGCGACCGGGGCCAGCCCCCCCGCACGGACCGGGCCACCGUGCUGCUGGCCAUUGGCGACCAGAAUGACAAUGCGCCGCUCGUUGACAUCCGCAAAAUCGGGCGCAUCGUGGUGCGCGACGGCGCCGCCAGCGUGGCCGAGGACGUGCUGGUGGACACCCCGGUGGCUCUGGUGCAAGUGUCGGACCGCGACCAGGGCGAGAAUGGCGCCGUGACCUGCACAGUGGUCGGAGACGUGCCAUUCCAGCUGAGGCCGGCCAGCGAGACGGACACCGACCAGCAGCAGCAACAACAGCAACAGCAGCCGAGGAAGAAGAAGUACUUCCUGCACACUUCGGCCCCGCUGGACUACGAGUCGGUAAGGGAAUACUCUGUUGUAAUCGUGGCCGUGGACUCGGGCAGCCCCAGCUUGUCCAGCAACAACUCCCUGCUGGUUAGAGUGGCGGACGUCAACGACAACCCGCCCAUCUUCCCGCGGGCCGUCUACCGGCUGUCCAUCCCUGAGAAUAACUUGCCCGGCGACCUGGUCGCCGCUGUAGUGGCCACUGACGCCGACGACGGCAAGAACGCCGAACUGGGCUACUCGCUGGACGCGGCGGCCGCCGGCGUUUUCUCCAUCGACCCGGUCAAGGGCGCCAUUCGAGCCAAUCUGGUGCUCGACCGGGAACAGACUGAGCGGUACGAGUUCCGAGUGAUGGCUCGGGACCGUGGCACCCCCUCCCUGCAGGGCAGCGCCACCGUGGUGGUCCAGGUGCAGGACACCAAUGACAACGAGCCCCGCUUCAUGCAGGACCUCUUCACUUUCUACGUGAAGGAGAACUUGCCGCCCAACAGCCCGGUCGGCAUGGUGACUGUAAUGGACGCCGACCAGGGCAAGAACGCCGAGAUGAGUCUCUUCAUUGAAGAGGACAACAACGUGUUCUCCAUAGACAACGACACCGGUACCAUCUACUCCACCGUCUCCUUCGACAGGGAGCAGCAGACCACCUACUCUUUCAAAGUGAAGGCCGUGGAUGGAGGAGAGCCCCCGAAAUCCUCCACGGCUAUGAUAUCGCUAUAUGUCAUGGAUGAUAAUGACAAUGCACCCACCAUCACUUUCCCCAAAAACGCAUCUUACACCUUGCUGCCUCCCUCCAGUAACUUAAGGACAGUAGUGGCCACAGUUCUGGCCACAGACAGUGACACUGGCAUUAACGCUGACCUCAACUAUAGCAUUAUUGGAGGAAACCCCUUUAAACUUUUUGAGAUUGAUUCCGCCAGUGGAGUCAUCUCGUUGGUGGGGAAGCUAACUCAGAAGCACUAUGGGUUACACCGGUUGGUGGUGCAGGUCAAUGACAGUGGCCAGCCUUCCCAAUACACCACUGCAAUGGUCCAUGUGUUUGUGAAUGAGAGUGUUUCCAAUGCUACCAUAGUGGAAGCUCAGAUAGCAAGGAGUCUUCGCACUUCCCUGAAACAAGAUAUUGCAGGUGACCCAAAUUAUGAGAUGAGCAAGCAAAGACUCAGCAUUGUUAUUGGAGUUGUUGCUGGUGUCAUGACAGUGAUAUUAAUCAUCUUAGUUGUGGUUUUGGCAAGAUACUGUAGACCAAAAAAAAGCAAGAAUGGAUACGAGGCUGGCAAAAAAGACCCUGAAGACUUUUUCACACCCCAACAGCAUGACAAGUCUAAGAAACCCAAAAAGGACAAAAAGAACAAAAAGGCCAAACAACCUCUGUACAGUAGCAUUGUGACUGUGGAAGCAUCAAAACCAAAUGGACAGAGAUAUGACAGUGCGCAUGAGAAGCUUACAGAGAGUCCUGGCAUGGGAUGUUAUCACUCCAUGAAUGGUGGGCCAGGGAGUCCUGAUCUCGGAAGGCAUUACAAAUCCAGCUCUCCAUUGCCAACAGUUCAGCUUCACCCCCAGUCACCUACUGCAGGGAAGAAGCAUCAGGCAGUGCAAGAACUCCCACCGGCCAAUACUUUCGUAGGCACAGGAGAUAACAUCUCAAUUGAAUCAGAUCAUUGCUCGGAAUACAGCUGUCAGACCAAUAACAAGUACAGCAAGCAGCCCUUUCGUCGAGUGACUUUCUCUGUGGUGAGUCAACCUCAGGAUCCACAUCAAGGGUCCCUACAGAGCUGUUACGACAGCGGCUUAGAGGAAUCGGAAACUCCUAGCAGCAAGAGUUCAUCGGGACCAAGACUAGGUUCACUCCCACUUCCAGAAGACAACUAUGAGAGGACCACACCUGAUGGAAGCGUUGGUGAGGCAGAGCAUAUGGAAAAUGAUUCAAGGCCUUUGCCCGAUGUAGCCUUGACAGGGAAAUGUACACGGGAAUGUGAUGAGUUUGGCCACUCUGACUCCUGUUGGAUGCCUGUGCGUACCUCACCUGAGCGAAGGAAAAAGAACCAACCCAAGUUUUCCACAUUCAUGCCUGUUACAGACAGAGGGAGUCAGGAGAAACUGCCUAAUGGCACCCCGCAGAUUAUAGGCGACCGCAACCGAAAUCUUCUCAACAAGAGGCUGACUUCAUCAUAUGAGAAUUUCAACACAGCUACCUAUGGUAAAAAUGAGGAAGGGAAUCCUGAAGAUAUACCCCUGACUCAAACAGCAGAUUUCAAACCAUCUUCUGUUUCUCAACUCACUAGAAGAGAAGUCUAUCUGUGAGAUAUCUGAGCAUGAAUUUGUCAAACAAAAAAGCAGCAAAUAUGAUGUCUAAAUUAAAAGAGAGUCAAAGAAAUGUGCAGGAUAUCCCAUAAAGGGGCUACCAAAGAGAUAUGCAAACGUUUGCUGUUCUUGACUCUAUAUUUGGCAUUCGAUCACUUAUCGCCUGACAGUUCUGUAAACUAUUUAAAAAAUCAUUCUGGCUAGCUAAUUACAUGCAUGCUAUAACACACCCACCCCAAAAUGCACGUGAUCCAGCACAUGGACAUCAAAUUUUACAUGUUAAAAGGUCGCAAUGUAUAUAAGAGGGAAGAUGUAACUAAAGGAGCACAACAAAAGAGUAGUCCAGUAUCAAGUCCCCCCAUCACAAGCAUCUGAUGUAAUUGUCUCAUUGUUUUUAAAGCAUGUUCUAAAUUUCCAGAGUGUGGAUUGCAGUGUGCUUUGUGAGAUUUUUAACUUGGAAACUAAUGCUGGAAUUGGAUGAUGGGUCAGUGCAGAAUUUUCAGAAAUGAAUUACAAUCAGAAUACAUUCAAGUCAGGAUUUUCCUUUGAGCAUUCGCUGAAUCAUUGCUGCUUCAGGAAGCCUGCCUGAGAUACGUAUUUAAAUGACAUUAGCUCUGACUUCUUACAUGUCUUUGGGAAAUAAUAUUAAAACAAUUCUUUCCAAGUCUGGACACACAGAAUGUACUUCUUUUUCAUUAUAGAAACUGAUAAAAUUCACAGAGCUGGCAAGAAGUCACGUUAACUUUUUGUACCAGGCUGAAGUUUAAAAAAAAAUUAUGCAAUGAUUGGUCUCACUGUAUAAUAAAGAGAAAUCAUUGUGCUGAUCUGGAACACCGUUAUGGCGAUGCCAAGAUUAAGGGCACAGAGAUAAUUGCAAUAGAAGUUCCUGAUCUGUGAGCCAUAUAGAUGGAACACUAGAAGCAAUUAAUCAGGAUCAUCACUCCAUGAACUUAUACACAGGCACAACCAUGGUGUAAAAUGUGAAACUACAGCUUCUGUGAACAUGAGUCAAAGACCCAAACAAGACUCUGGAGAAAACUUACUGUGGUAUAUUGUUCCAGAGUUCUGUGGUGAAAUCCAAUACUCUGCCAGUCCCAGGGAACACUGUCAUUUCUGUUUGCACGCAAGAAGAAAUGCCACAAUACAGGAUUGUUGGUUCACAACUGUGCUGUUACAUAGGAAACUGAACUACUCACUUUCUUCUACAAACAGUCCACUUUUGAGACAAGUUGAACAACAUACCAGCCUAGGAAUCUCAUUAAACAGUCAUAUUGGUCUGGAUGUUUGAAAACUGAUAACUUGCUCAGGAAAAGCAGUAAUAUUGGAGAACUCCUCUGUUUUUCAUAUUUGUUAAUGAAGAAAUGCUAGACAACAUCAGUAGAGUGCAUGUUAUAGCUUUAGCAAAAAUGUAGCAUUAUCUAGGCUAUGACCACCCUAAAUGAAGACUACAGCACAUUGUUGUGGUUAGCAUAGUUUACCCUGUUCACUGAAAUGUUUAGUGAUGUUAUUUGCUUUGGAAUUUACCAAACGAGAUGCAACUCUGACUAGCUAAGAAUCCAGACUGUAACUGAAUGAGGACUCUCACUGGAGAUUGUGCUUUUUUGGGUACAUGAGAAGGAAUUGAGAUGAUUUUCAGAAUUGACUUUAAGGAUGUACUUCAGGGGAGCCAAAAGUGUUGAAAAAUCUUCACAGUAGUGUUGCAGUGAGUUAUCUAAACAUCAGGCAUUCUCAGAGAGACAUCAAACUAAUAUGAGUGCAUUCUGAUUAAUCACAAAAUAUUAUUAUUUAAAAAGGUUAAUAUAAAAAAGUUCAAAGAUAUGAACUUCAAAGUGGCACGUAAAGUGAAACUUGAUGUUGCUUUGGUAAAUUUUGGGAAAAUACUGCUUUUGGUAGAAUACAGUGCUUUUCAUAAUAUGCAUAGAGUUAUUUAAAGUUGUAGCAGCUUAAAUAUUGGUCAAUUAAUCAAUAAAUACUUGUUGCACCCUUUGUUUAUCUGGUAUCUGCUGUCUUUCACUGUUUUACUGCAUCCUUUUCCAUGACAUUUAAGCCACAGGUUGAAAUAUUUCUUACCCUUGGCACAUGAACAAUCUAAUGUAAUCUUGCAUAUUCCUGGUGAAAGCAGUGUUAAACAGUGGAUAGUGUAAUGUAAAUACAAAGCAAAAUCAGCUAUUUGAACAAUCAAUUAUGAUUAAGAAUGUUGUAAUUGAUUAAUAUUGGAAUGUUCAAAUUUCUGUAGCACUUCUGUUUAAUAGUGAGGUACAAAGCUGCUCCUACCAGUACUGCUGUGUAGUUACAGUAAGUACUUGUUGUUUAUGGAUGUUCUCAUUAAUUACAAGUAUAUACAUAUGUAUUUUUAUUGCACGUUACAAAGAUAUUCACUAAAUACAAAGGAACUUCCUUUAAUGAUAAUAACUGUAGGUCUUUGUUUUUUUUACUGGAAAUAUGAAGCUAACCAAUACAGUUAGAUUUGUGUCCCCUCCAUAAUAUCCCCAAACAGUGAAAAUUAUCCUGGUUGAUUGGAUUAAUUCAGCCGCACAAUUUAGCAUCUAAUUGCAUAUGACAAGCAUAAUAGGCACCAUUUGCAAAAAAAAAGUGGGAACCACACCUUAAUGACUUUCAUGCAUUUGACAUGAUAGGUGAACUUCUGCAAAGGAAUCAGAUUUAUUAUUUUUCAUCAUUAAAGUACAUGAAGCAAAAUCAUCAGAAUGAAGUACCACUUAGAUGGAGCAUGAUGCUAAAUUAAAAAUCUACGAUGUAAAUUAAAUGCUGGCAUUAUCUAAUGUCACAUUUUAGAAUGCUCCUACAGCAAAGUAAAUGCAAUCUAUGAAACUGUGCCUUUUAUACCCAGAAGUAUAAUGAAUAGUUGGUUCAUGAGGUAAAAGAAUAGAAACUAAUAUUGAAAUUUUAUAUGAGGUGGAUAUGUGUUGUCAU